UUGUAAUAAGAAAAAUAGUAAACAAUCUCUACCCUUUUCAUGCAAGGAACAAUCAUCUUGUUGUCAAAUGACACGAUGUGCAUGCUCUGAAUCUGACCCGACUACCAUAAAAUAGCUACAUAGUGUAUUGACUCUGUUGAGUGAUGUAAUGUACAUGUACAUCCAUGUAGCCACCCAAGUGCUUUUGGCAUGUUUAUGCCCUGGUUUACACUUUUUAGCAUGUUCAUGCUCAACCAUGUGUGAAUACUAUAUUAAUCCAUUUAAAAAGUUGACUGUUACAGUUAACAGUUUAUUGGCCUUGCUGACAUGUAUUUAUAUUGGUCUAUGAUGGAUUGCUGGACAUUGUUUUUGCCAAAGCUGCCUAAGAAUUGUUCGCUUUUUUUUGUUUAAGGCACAGCUCAAAAAUAUGUUCAAAACUCCCAAUCAUAUAAUUGCCCAUCCAUGGUCAUUCAGACUUUUGUUUUCCUAAUUCAGGAAUUACCAAAUCCAGAGAAGUUUAGUGUGAAGUUUUCCUAUUGUUGUUUAUUGGCUUGGCACGGUUAAUUACAUGGAGUGUUUACUAUAAUAUUUGAAUUUGUAAAAUAAGGCCAGUUCUUUUUCAGCACUAGUUUUUUUAUUUUUUUAUUUAUUUUUUGUUUUUUAUAUUUUUUGUAUAGAAAUAACUCGCAGCUCUACACUACAAUGAAAAUGCAGGACAAAAACAAUGCAGGACGGAGACAUGCUAGCCAGAACUAGAAAUGGAGACCUAAGAUUCUCAAUAGCACUUUCGCCUGAGUUUGAGAGUGUUUCUUAUGAGAUAGACUUUGCCAAGAAUGAUAUCAUCGAUGCGCUGAAUAACCUGGAUAACUGGGCAAAACCACAACAGGUUGAGAGACCGCUACACAUGAUGGGCACUCCAGCAUACAUACAACACCAGCCCUAUGGAGUGGUGCUAAUCAUUGGUGCCUGGAACUAUCCAUUCCAAUUGACUGUGCUGCCACUGGUGGGAGUUAUUGCUGCAGGUAACACUGUCAUCAUUAAGCCAUCUGAGAUUGCACAAGAAUUUGCAACAGUACUGGCUAAAGUAGUGCCUCAAUACUUGGAUAAUGAUUGUGUUCAAGUUGUGAAUGGUGGGGUUGAAGUAACCACAGAUCUCUUGAAGGAGAGAUUUGACCAUAUAUUAUACACUGGUAGCGGUGUGGUAGGGAGGAUCGUCAUGGAGGCUGCGGCCAAACAUCUUACUCAAGUUACUCUUGAAUUGGGAGGAAAAAGUCCCUGCUUUAUUGACGACGAUGUGGACAUAAACACUGUUGCUCGUCGCUUGUUGUGGGGGAAGUUUAUGAAUGCUGGACAGACGUGUAUUGCACCUGACUAUGUGAUGUGUAAACGCUCAAUGAAUGACAAGUUGCUUAGUGCAAUAGUGGAAACAAUUAAGGAGUUCUACGGAGAGGACCCUAAGACUUCCCCGGACUAUGGGCGAAUGGUUAGCGACAGACAUUUUCAGCGAGUUCUCAGCCUGACUAAAAACAGCAAGAUAGCAAUAGGUGGUGAUAGUGAUGCAUCUCAGCGCUAUAUUGCUCCAACUAUAAUAACCGAUGUAAAGGAUAGUGACCCUGUUAUGCUCGAAGAGAUCUUUGGGCCUGUACUUCCAAUCUUCAAUGUGCAUAAUAUGGAUGAAGCCAUUGACUUUAUUAACAGCAAGUCGAAACCCCUAGCACUGUACGUCAUGUCCAACAGCAAAGCUGUCAUCAAGCGUUUUACUGACGAGACAACGAGUGGUGGGCUCGUAUCUAAUGACGUCUUGCUGCAUGCAGGAUUGACCACUCUACCGUUUGGUGGUAUUGGUGCCAGUGGAAUGGGAUGUUACCAUGGCAAGUUCUCCUUUGAUACUUUCUCACACAAGCGCGCAUGUGUAAAUGCUAACCCAGGAAUGGACAAACUUCUCAGCAUGAGGUAUCCACCUUACACCACUGGGAAGCUAAACAUGAUGCGAUGGAUUCUGGGGAAGAAGCGUAAGAGUGGAUUAUUUGGAUGGGCUGUUGCCGCGGCUCUCAUUGGUGUCUGUGCAGUCGUCCUCUUCAUGGUUUUAAAGUAACAUCCGGUGUGUGGUCACACAGAGAGCAACACAAGCACCAAUUUCGUACAGUCUGUUUAGUUUUGAAACUGUGAUUGGUAACCAUCAAACAACUUUUGCAAACGUUUUUUGACACAAGGAGUACUCUUGUGCAUGUUUGCACUGUUAAUUUAAAGGACAGGAAACUUUGGAAGCGUAAGACAUAUGGUUUUUGACAUAACGUUAAAGCAUUGUCCAUAUGUGCAUUAUAUAUUUUAGCCAGGGAGCAUGCUCUUCAAGCUAGAUUACCCUUGGCGUUGUAACACUUGUUAUGAAAAAAAAUAAUAAAAAAAUUAUGUGCUUAACAAGAAUUUUGACAUAAUUUUAGGGGCCGUAGUGGGUUUUUCAAAAUUUUGAAGUUUUACAAACGAGGACUUUUUAAGAAACCCGCCAAGUCAUACUGGUCAACGUACCAAGUGUUUUUAAAAGUAAAUGCAGGUGUUGUACAACUUGUGUUUUCCCUAAAAAAAACAUUGAUAAGUAAGAGAAAGAUGUCUAUCUCAUAUCUUAUCAAUGUAUUGACUGUUUUUAUGUCUCAACAUUUUGCUCCACAACUAAAUUAAGAAUGAAACAAAUAAACAGUACUGCAUCCCUCACUAUUAAUUAUUAAGCUAAAGUAGUACAUUUAUAAUUGUCCAUUUAAAUUAAAUAAAACUUAAUAUAAAAACCUACCAAAAGUGUUGUUUAAAUGCCUUUGGGUUGUGCUUACACUCUUCCAAAAUGUGUACAUCCAGUACAAGUGAUUUUUAAUGAGGUUUUGUGUAGAAUUUCUAUAUUGGUUAUUGUAAAAUUAUAAAAAAAGAUGAAGUAGCGUUUUAAUCAAAUGGAGUCGGAUUUCUAACAAAUUAAGAUGAAUAUUGUGAUACUGCUCUCAUUUUGUCUGUUGGUUUUAUGUCAGUGGGUCUAACUUGGAUAUUAUUGUUAGGUUGGUUUGCUAAUUCUUGUGUUAUUUCAUUUCUGAACAAGAUUGUGUGAUUAUGGUAUACAUCUAUACACCGAGUUCAAUUCAGUUGAAACUUGAAUUCAUUUCAAUACUUCAUGAAAAUAGUACAAAGUACAGGGUGUUUCACAAAAAAGUAUACAUUUUGGAAAAUGUAUCCCAUGGAUUUUUUUUUUAGUUUUUCAAAAUCUGUCACUAAGUGUAGGUAAAUCAAGGUCAUAGCUUUUUAAUUUUUACCAAAUCGAUCCUCAGCUGUUCCGCAUGAGUGAGCACUAUUAAUUUGUUUGAACGGAUUAUUAAUUCGUUCGAACGGAUUACUAAACCGUGGGAACGAAUUAGCCCCUGCAUAUUUUUUUCUUCAACUGUCCCCUCUCGGGCUCCGUACAACAUAUACAUGUUGGAUCAACAUUAAUUUUGGUUGUUAUAUCCAGACGCAAAAACAACCUUUAUGUUGCACAUACAUCAAAAACAUUACGUUGAUACAACAAUGGUAGACUGAUGUUGGAUCAAUAUUGAUUUUUGGUUAUUAUCCAGAGGCAAAAACAACCUUUACCCAACGUUGUACAUACGCCAAAAGCAUUACGUUAAAUCAACGUUAGAAGACUGAUGUUGGGUCAACGUUGAUUUUUGGUUGUUAUUAUCCUGACGCAAAAACAACCUUUAUCCAGCGUUGUACUUCUGCAAUAAGUAAGUCUUGGUGACCACUCUGGUAGCAGCGGGCUUGUCGCUGGGCAGGGACACGCAGGCCGCGGCCAAUCACGGGGUGGUUGGGCGGGGUCUGAGUGUCCAUGCGGGGCGAUCGUGCACGCACGGCGGCAUGGUUUUUUCGGGCUGCUGCCUAGGAAUCCGUCAGAGUGUCUUUGGCAAUCGAUCAAGCAACAAGUGUUUUUGGGGAUUAGCGUUGAAAUAGUGUCUUUUGGGAACAGAGUAAGAAAGUUUGUCCUUUUGGCCGGCGAAAUACGGGAUUGGUUUUGUGCUGAGAAAUUAUUUGAUCUUUGUGUUUGGACGCUAUUUCCAGCCAGAAUUUGGGUGAGUUACUUGCUAUUUUUAUCCAGCGAAACUCUCAUUGCGUGCUGUCUCCGAUCUUAUGUCUCGGUUCCGUUUGCAUUGUUCCGUUGCGGUCCAGUAUAUCGUGUCGGUAUUGAUUUAAUUGCUGCGUGAAUUGUUUGCUUACGAUUAAGUUGCUGAGAUUUUGAGUAUCCUUUUCAGAAUAGUUGUGACGAAGUGGCAGCUGGUAGUUGAGUUCGCAGAGAACUUGGAUGGCCCAGCGUCGAUCACAAAGAUCAACCGUGAGUUGACCCUCUGGGUUGACGAGUAGCCGUUCAUUACCGGUUGAGUAGUCUAGCUAAUUUGGAGACUUGAUUAGAGACUCGGCAAAAUAGUCGGCGUGCUUGCGCGUGCAUUUUGAUUGCUGAAUUUGCGACUGCAUUUUGGAUGGACUAGCGAGGAAGGCACCCGAGAAAACCUGAUUGUUAGAAGAGAUAAAAGGACUCGUUUAUAAAGGAUAGAACGAGAAGAACUGUAUUCUCAACUAUUUAAUCAUGAGAAAGUGAGUCGCCCAGGAGGCAUUAAAGAAGAUUGCCCAGGGGCAAUUUAAGAGUUCA